AUGUUUCUCCAAAAAACUGGUCAACGUCUUCCAUUUCAACAACCGGAAGUCGACAUUCCCCAAGGUGUACCAUGGAGUGAAAUCGAUCGACGUAAUCGUUCCGUUCUCUGUUCCCAAAAUGGGAAAGAUCCUUCGGAAACAAAAGAUAAUCUCUCGUCAUUGAAUUACCAACGAUCAACUCAACCAAACCACACAUUUGACUUCGAUUCUUAUGGAAACUAUCGUCGUUGUCGACGUUAUUCGCUCGAAAAUAUCGACUAUGCUUUAGAUAAUUCUUCAUUCCAUUUUCAAACACUCGGUGAUUACAAACGAAGGUCAAUCAAUUCUAUCACUACUGAUUUAUCAUCGACUGUACUGCUACAUGGAAAUAGUAUCGUCAAAUCCAAUAAAGCAGAUAUUUUGAAUCUACUUGAUCAGCGAUCGUCAACGAACAUAAAUCCAAAAACAUUUGUUAAUCAAUACGGAGUUGUGAUCAGUGAAGAUGGACCGUUUUGGCCUUGUGAUUAUCGUAUUCUUCAUCCUACACCUAAAUUGAAUACACGUGAAGUGACACCAAAAGAAGAAUUCUAUUCAUCAGUCGAUGAGUCAUCUUUGAAAAGUACGAAAGGUCACCAAACAUUCGAUAAUCAACCGGCGGGUCAAAAAUACACCGACCCAUUCAAGCAUGCAGUUGUUGUGUAUGAAAUUGAUAAAACUCCACGAAAGCAAGAAGCAAAGCCGUUAGAUAACGAAACCAUGUGUCCAACGUUGAUAUUCGAAUCACGAUUCGAAGGUGGAAAUUUGCAACAAGCCAAGCGCGUAGGUCAAUUUGAGUAUGAACUUGUUCUUCAGCCGGAUCUCUACACUCGACGACAUAUACAAUGGUAUUACUUUCGUGUUCAGAAUAUGAUUGCCAAUAUUACUUAUCGUUUUCGAAUUAUUAAUUUAAUGAAGAAAAGUAGUCUGUACAAUGAAGGAAUGAAAAUCUUACUUUUCUCCGAAUUGGCCAAGAAAAGAGAAUCGCAAGGUUGGCACCGUGUUGGUCAUCAUAUAAACUAUAGUGAAUACAAACCGCGUUCUUACAAUUCUCUACUCGAUCGUGAUAUAAACUAUUUCGAACUUGAUUUUCAACUUGAAUUCUUCUACACGGGUGAUACGUGUUACAUAUCUCAUUGUUAUCCGUACACAUUCACCGAUCUCAAAGAUGAUUUAGAUUAUUUAUCUUCUACUCGACCCCGUGAAAUCUUUCGUCGUGAUGUUCUCUGUGAAUCUCAAGCAGGAAAUUCCUGUUUCAUCGUCACUGUUACCGAUGAAUCUGUGCCAGUCAAACAGAAAAAAUUUGUUUUAAUCACUGCUCGAAUCCAUCCAGGCGAAACUAAUUCUAGUUAUAUGAUGCGUGGUUUACUUGAAUUCAUCACAUCCGAUGAUGAAAUCGCUAAACGAUUACGUUCACAAUUGGUAUUCAAAAUCGUUCCAAUGCUGAAUCCUGACGGCGUAAUCGUUGGUAAUUAUCGAUGUUCAUUAACAGGAAAAGAUAUGAAUCGUAAUUUUCGUCAUCCACAUAAACAAAGUUUUCCGACUAUUUAUCACAUUAAACAACUAGUGCAAACCUUACAAAAAGAACGACGUGAAAUUUUGGCCUUUUGCGAUCUGCAUGGCCAUAGUCGAAAAUCGAAUGUGUUCGCGUACGGUUGUGAUGGAUGUGACGGACCACAGCCUGAUAUGAAAAACUUUCUAAGCGCACGUGUCCUUCCGUUUAUCAUGUCGAAAAUAGCGCCGGAAAUGUUUGCAUUUGAUGAUUGUAAAUUCCAUAUUCAUCGAUGUAAAGAGUCAACGGGACGUGUAGUAAUGUGGAGAGAAAUGUUAAUCAAAAAUAGUUUUACACUUGAAGCAUCUUUUGGUGGAUCAAGUAUUGUAGAUAAACCAUCACACUUUAAUAUCCAAGAUUACGAAAAGUUCGGUCAAUGUAUAUGCGAAUCACUGAGACAAUAUUUAGACAUACUUUCAGAUUCAGCACGAAUGGAUACUAUCUUUAUGGAUAUUACAAAAUGUGUUCUUCAAAAAUUAGAAAAAGAGAAGAUUCCACCGGCUCUGUUGUCUCUUAUUUAUCCCGUAGAGAAACAAGAAGGUGAAUCAAUUGUGUCCAUGACAUCGGUAUCGGAUUGUUUACAAGCAUUGAAACAAUGUCAUCGUACGAUCUAUGAACAAGAUGCAUCAAGUUCGAGUGACUCAGACAGCGACCCGGAGGGUGGUGAACUCCCCGAAGUAUCAUACAGAAAAGGCCGUGGAAGCGACGAUGCAGCAGCAAAUGGCACGGACAUCGAACGCAUGAGAACAAGACGAGUGGAUGACGAGACGAGCGGAGUUGCACCAAAGAAACAAUCUAGAAAAAAACGAACAGAAAAAGCCAUUGAAGAACGUGUUCAAAAACUAGCCCGCAAACGAGAGAUUCAACAAAGUCAACCUCUCAAAACAACAUUUGUAUCGACUCAUGAAGAUAUUGAUGGUACUUCAUAUGAGCCUCUACGUCGAAAUCGUAUAUCUUACCCAUCAAUGGCAUCGGAAACCGAGACAUGUUCGCAAAUAAAACUUACACUCUCUGUUGAUCAGAUGGACAAAGCUACUCGAGCAUUGCCACCACGAGGCACCUUAUUUGUUAGCAAAUAUGCAAAUCGAAGUGGACAUGGUCAACCAAUUUUUAGUACGGAACGUGCUUUAGAACGAAAACAAAAAAAACUCAAUGCAGUGUUACAAGAAUUUCAGACGAAUGAAUAUGAUGCAGAUACCGAACAAAAUGUGUAUUCCAUACCUGAACAUUCCCAAUUGGAAAUAUCCAGUAUUGCCGAUCAAAAUACGUCGUUAACGCAUGGUAUUGGGAAACGAACAACUUCAUUGGCUUCUCUAACCCUCAAUGAUUUUCUACCAUCACUACCUGAUCAACCAAUUUCCACCAUUAGUGGUACCUAUGUUUCCCAGCCGACUAUAUCUAAGAAUUUACCGGUGCGUCGAUUGCGUACCGAACGUCGUCCACAACUAUCAAAUAGAACGAUUUCUUCCAAUGACAUAAGUCAAUUGUCACAUGUGUUGGAAAUCACAACACCCAUAACACCACAAUUGAAUCUUUCCUCGUCGAUCAAUGCUAUUGAUACAUCAGUAACAGAUUCAUCGAAUCGAUACUCUUAUGAAACUCAAAUGGAUUCCAAUGGUAUUAAUCAUUAUCGUUUACAAGCUGUACUGGAUAAUGUUCAUUCUUCAUUACCAAAAAGCGAUGCACCUGUGAUACGUAGUAACGCCAAUGCGGGCGUAAAAAUGCCAUCGGUAUUCAAUAGCGUCACCCAACACAAAAGAGUUUCGAAACCCAGAUCAUAUGUUUAUUCUACUCAACAACUUCUUGCACCAAUCGAACCUACAGCACGAGAACUAUCAGCUAGUAUUCUACAUGAAAAUACACAUCAGUUAAAUCCGAUGGAACGUUUUAGUCAAAUUGUUCAGCAACUUCAUGUACCAGCCGAGAAAAGUAAACGAGUAUGA